UCCGGCCGUUGCGGUGACAGUUCCCCGCAGAACGCCCGGUGCCCGUUGCCGGGGAGGGAGCGAGACUCGGCCCCGGCGCCCCGCCUGCUCCACGUGGCCUCCGGGGCGGAGCCGGCGGCGCGGCCCGGGCCAGCGCCGGCGAUUGAGAUUCGGCAGGGCAGGAGCGGCGGGUGACCGCCCCGGGGCGUCGCCCGUAGCCCGCCCCGCCCCCGCUCGCGGGGACUAUGCGGAGAUGGUCGUGCAAACCCGAGGCAGACACAAAGAGUCGCCGCUCAAGCCGCCCGGCGCUCAGCCGCCCCCGCCCCAAGCCGCUGGGGCGCCCCAGCCCGGAGCGAGCCCCAGGAGCGGCCGCGGGCUGCAGCAAAAGCAGCCAGGCAGGCAGCUGUCCUACGGGGCCGGCGCUAUGCGGAAGGGAGGAGCCGGGAGGAAAGGGGCCAAGAGCGAGCCCCAGAAGCCCAGCCGCCUCCUGGCCCAGAGGGUGAGGGCGAUGCUGGGCCUGGGCCAAGAGGGGUCGCUCCGGGACUGGAGACACGGGCUCCAAGUAUUUAUUGAAGGAAAAGGGGCCUUCAUCAUGAGAGCAGAUAGCAAGAUAUGGUUCACUUUUAUCCUAGCUGCUUUAGCAGGAGUUUUACACUGGUGUCAUAUUACAACUCUUUUUGAAAAUGACCGUCAUUUUUCUCACCUUUCAACGCUGGAAAGAGAGAUGGCUUUUCGCACUGAAAUGGGCCUUUAUUAUUCCUAUUUCAAGACGAUUGUUGAAGCACCAUCAUUUUGGAAUGGAAUGUGGAUGAUUAUGAAUGAUAAACUAACUGAAUAUCCUCUGGUGAUUAACACGUUAAAAAGGUUCAAUCUAUAUCCAGAGGUGGUCCUCGCCAGCUGGUACCGCAUAUACACAGGGGUAAUGGAUUUUAUUGGUCUUCAGACCAAGACAUGCUGGACUGUAAACAGAGGAGAAGGGCUUAGUCCUGUUGAAAGCUGUGAAGGAUUGGGAGACCCUGCUUCCUUUUAUGUUGCUGUGAUCUUUCUUUUAAAUGGAGUAAUGAUGUCAUUGUUCUUCAUAUAUGGCACAUACCUCAGUGGGAGCCGUCUAGGAGGCCUAGUUACGGUAUCGUGCUACUUUUUCAAUCAUGGGGAGUGCACACGUGUGAUGUGGACUCCACCCCUCCGUGAAAGUUUCUCAUACCCAUUCCUUGUGCUUCAGAUGUUGCUUUUGACCUACAUUCUCAGGACUCCGAAUAUUAAUAGAGGAAGCUUGAUUGCACUGUGUGUUUCUAAUGUCUUUUUCAUGCUUCCCUGGCAGUUUGCUCAGUUUGUCCUUCUGACACAAAUAGCCUCGUUAUUUGCUGUGUAUGUUGUUGGUUACAUUGACUUUCUCAAGUUACAGAAGAUACUUUGUGUACAUAUGGCAUCUCUUGCACUGUGUUUCGUUUUGAUGUUUGGCAACUCAAUGUUAUUGACAUCAUAUUAUGCUGCCUCUUUAGCAGUUAUCUGGGGUAUUCUUGAAUUGAGUCCAAAAUUGCUGAAAAGGAGUAGAAGAGAAGUCAGUUUAUGGGCCAUUGAAGGAUUUGCUUGGUUAUUUGGGACAGUCACCUUGAAAUAUUUGACUUCUCGAAUAUUUGGAGUAGCUGAUGAUGCUCAUAUAAGUAACCUGCUAAAAUCAAAAUUUAUUGGCUACAAGGAUUUUGACACAUUAAUGUACACCUGUGCUGCAGAGUUUGACUUCAUGGAAAAAGAGACUCCAAUAAGAUACACAAAGACGCUACUACUUCCCAUUGUUCUUGUGGUUUUUGGAGUAAUCAUCAUGAAGGCAAUUAAAUAUACUGUGUGGGUUUUAUCUCAGAAAGACCUCUGUGAAAGAGAGGAUCAUUUUAACCAUGGUGAGCUGGUAUACCAUGCAUUGCAGCUAUUGGCAUAUACUGUACUUGGUAUUUUAAUUAUGAGACUGAAACUGUUUCUGACACCUCACUUAUGUGUUAUGGCUUCCUUGAUUUGUUCAAAACAGUUGUUUGGAUGGCUCUUUGGCAAAAUUCAGCCCAAAACAUUGGUCUUUGCUAUUUUAGCAAUAAUGGCAAUAGAGGGAUCAGCAAACCUUCAGAAUCAGUGGAACAUAAUGGGAGAAUUUAGCAAUUUGCCACAGGAAGAACUUUUAGAAUGGAUAAAAUCCAGUACCAGACAAGAUGCUGUUUUUGCAGGAGCGAUGCCUACAAUGGCUAGUGUCAAGUUGUCUGCCCUUCGACCGAUUGUAAAUCAUCCCCAUUAUGAAGAUGCAGGGCUGAGGGCCAGAACUAAAAUAGUGUAUUCCAUGUAUAGUCGAAAACCAGCAAAAGAAGUGAAAAAAGAUUUGUUAAAACUAGGAGUGAAUUAUUACAUCUUAGAAGAGUCAUGGUGCAUAAGAAGAACUAAGCCCGGUUGCAGUAUGCCUGAAAUUUGGGAUGUGGAAGAACCUGCCAAUGCUGGCAAAAUUCCUUUAUGUAACCGUAUGAGUAAGGACCCCAGGCCAUAUUUCAACACAGUAUUCCAGAACAGUAUUUACAGAGUCUUGAAGGUUACUAGGGAAUAACACUUCAGUGCAAAGAACUGUCAAUCUUUUUCAACUUUUUAACUGGUAACUGUAUAAAAAUUCUAAAUCAGAAACACCUUUUAUACUAAACUUAAAAUUAGGAAAUGUGUAUUUUUAAAUAUUUGUUGUUUUAAAGGAAUUCUGAUUAUAGAAGUACCUUAACCUGACAGUUUGGAUUUCUAUUUCAGAGUCAGUCUCUUGAGGUUUGCUAUGCAAAUGAUUAUAUGUUUGCACACUCUUUAAUAAAUACUGCUCCAAACAAAAGUUAAGUGGCUGUAGAAAGUAACUACAGUUCUCAAAACCAAUCAAAUUGUUAAAAAUGCUGUCAGUCUGUCUUAGCAAAGCAAGGUUAUUUAAACCAUUGGUGCUAGUAAUUAGGAACUAAUGGAUGGUGCUAUAGCACCUAGCAGCAGACUUCUUAAAUCACCAUCACCGUAUAAUGAUCCUCCCAGUAUUCCUCUUUGGAUAAUGUGACACUGAUCACACAUUUCUGAAGAAGUGUCACAAUUUCUUUAGCCAUAUCUGUGUGAAGGAUGGUUUUAAGAGAAACUGAAGAAGGGUUGCUGAUAAAUUUUGGAUCACUUUAAAAACAUGUCAGGCCUUUAAGUUUGUCUUUUAAAUGGAAAUAAUUUUUAAACAGUCUUGAAACUGCACAUUUUAGAUGAUGUGCACUUUGCAUGUGCAGUAACUUCAGUAUUAAUUUUCAAAAAUAAUUAAACCAGUGAGAGGAAUAUUUGCAACUGAGUGGUAGCUUAGCCUCUGAUUGCCCAAGGAUUUUUAACAUUCUAGUACAUUCAAAACAACCAGACAUGCACAUGCGAAGUUUAAUAAGGGAAAAAAUAUUUUAUUCAGGCAAAAUCCAUCAUUUAUUCUUGUUGUUGUGUAGCUUUAGUAAGGUAAUAGAAUAAACUCUGCACUGCCAGAUGUGCUAAAGCUACAUCUUAACUCUGUAGGAGAUGCUUUUAAAGCCUGUUUAAGGAUUCUGUUGUACAUUGGACAUCUAGCUUUAUUUAACUAAUGCUGGUUUUUAAAAAUAUCCAAAUAAUACUGAAAAAAACCCUUGUAACAAAAUUAACCUGACCUUACUAUGAUUAUGGUCAAAAGUUUGUUUAAAUGUAAUCACUAAACCAAAUGUUAGAUAUACUUUCCUUGAAUUGUCUGACCAUGUAGAGUGCAAUUAUCCUUCCUGCUUUGAAGUUUUUUCUUAUUUCUAUCACCAUAAUGUGGCCCUGACAUUGUGGAUGGUACAGGACUUAAUUUCACAGAGGAAUUCACUUCCCAGUGUACUGGAGCAAGGAUAUUGUACAGACUAUUAACAAACAAGAUGUUAUAAAUUCUAUAUGUUACAGCCACUGGAAAACAUCACAAGUAAUCUAGAUUUGUAACUGUUGAGACUAUAUAAAUGUUCAGUCAGCAGCCUAAUGACAUGACAGUGGUCUAGGUGGCUGUACUGGAUAUUCAGCCCAGACUGCAUCUAGUAGUAAUAGAUGCUGUAGGAAUAAACCUCUUUUACAGUAGUAAUAAAAUGUUGAACAUAUGUGAAGACUGUGGAAUAAAAGCUGAUCAGUAUUUUAUGUAUUCGAUUUUUUUAAAAAUUUGCUUUUUGGGAGGGUUCAGAUAAAGGGUUGAAAAUACAUAUUAACUUUUUAACUUUUACAAAAACACAUUUUGGUAAAGUUUCUAUAAGGAAACAAUCACUAAAAAGGGCUUAAGAGAAGAGAGAAUUUUUUAAAAAUAUGGUGAUGAGUUUCAAGAAAGCAGUAAAAUGGAUAUCUUUCUAUAUAAACAUUGUGACUAAAUAGUGUUACAGCUCAAAAAAGUACUGUAUUUUUAUGGGGUUUAUUUCAAUUGUUCACAUGUACUUAUAUGUAGUUAAAUAAAAAAAUUCAUGGAA